UCUGUCAAAACAACAACGAGCAUUCGCUUUAUUUACCGCAUUUCAAGGCAAGGGUUUUUUAAGAAUUGCAGUCGAUUUUUCAAGGCGGAAAAAUGAAUCAAGAUGCAUUGAACAAUUUUCAGACAGCCGUUCAUGAAUUAUUCAUUCGAUGGGACGCAUUAAAAUUGGCUGUGGAACAUAUGGGAGGUCGUAAUGGACAACAGACUGCCAGAGAAAUCAGAGACUAUAUCUACAAUUACUGCACACAAAAUGAUAACAUUCAUCCCAGCGAACUGGUCGAAGUACUGAACGAUGUCAUUGACGAGGAGUUUGACACAAUUUGCGAGGAUAAUUCAGUUAAUGAUCUAAGCCUUCACCUGGUGAACUACUUGAAACUCUGUGUGGAAGGUAAAUUCGACGAGGUGCAUCACCAUUUGGCCCAAAUGCCAAAAUGUAUAAAUUGGUUAGAUCCGAGUUUCAAAAUAACGGCGGCGCCGCGUGGUGACGACAGUGACUCCUCAUAUUCGGACAGUGAUGACGAAGAAAUGGAUAUGAGUGAUGACGAUGACGCACCAAAUUUAGUCGAUGCGGAUCGCCGCAGAAAUAAACCACAAACCGAUGAAGACGGUUGGACGACCAUCCCAUCAAGACGUCGAUAGUUAUUUCCAAUUGAUUCUGUACCUAUUUAAGCUCAAUAAAAAUCAUUUGUAAAUA